AUUUUUUCAUUAUUCAAUGAAUAAGGAAAAUAAUAAUAUACAACAUAGACGACCACAUUCCUAGGUGAAACAAAAAGUUUUUUUUCCAAAAAUCAAGGAAUCACUCAAUUUUUAUUGUAAAAUAUAAUUUUUAAAUACGAAUUCCUUUUCAAAUAUCUCAUUCUAUAUUUAAAAUUAUUUCAUAAAAAAGUAAUAACAACAUGAGCAUUCUUUCCGCCAUAUUGCUUCCUUUCUCCAGGACUGUGGUCGUGAGUGAAUAAACCAUGAGUUCGUUGAAGUUACAGAAGAGGCUAGCAGCCUCAGUGAUGCGCUGCGGGAAAAAGAAAGUGUGGUUGGAUCCCAAUGAAAUAAAUGAAAUCGCAAACACAAAUUCACGUCAAAGCAUCAGGAAGCUGAUCAAAGACGGUCUUAUCAUCAAGAAACCGGUUGCAGUACAUUCACGUGCUCGCGUUCGUAAAAACACUGAAGCCAGGAGGAAAGGCAGACAUUGUGGCUUUGGUAAGAGGAAAGGUACAGCCAACGCCCGUAUGCCACAAAAGGUUCUAUGGGUGAAUCGUAUGCGUGUCUUGAGAAGACUGUUGAAAAAAUACAGACAAGAUAAGAAAAUCGACAGGCAUCUGUACCAUCACCUUUACAUGAAGGCUAAGGGUAACGUAUUCAAGAACAAGCGUGUAUUGAUGGAGUUCAUUCAUAAGAAGAAGGCCGAGAAAGCAAGAAUGAAGAUGUUGAACGACCAGGCUGAAGCUCGCAGACAAAAGGUCAAGGAGGCCAAGAAGCGAAGGGAAGAGCGUAUCUUGCAAAAGAAGAAGGAACUUCUGCAGUCCUACAAACAGGAAGACGAAGCCGCGGCUGCAAAGAAAUGAACUGUUCCCAUCUAAUUUUAUUACGCUUGUUUUUGUGAAAUAAAAAUUUCUAAAAACCA